AUGCCUCGUCAGCAGACCCAGCUGCGGGGGCCGAAAGACCCUUCGGCCUCAAAACCAGCACAGAAGCGCAAAAAUGGCCGGGCGCUCAAUGCGCUCUCAAUUGCAGAGAAGCAGGUUCACACGAAACUAGGUGUUCGACGCACUCGAUUAGGCAACAGCGACGAGCCCAAUCGCAAGCGCCAUUCAGCUCGGGACCAAGACGAUGAGGACGAGGAGCGCCCGGAUCACAAGCGCCGCAGAACUGAGGAUGGUGAGAGUGUGGAGGGCGGUAGCGACAGCGAAGGCCAUGAGUGGACUCUUGGUCAGGUUGACAGCGACGAUGACGAGGAGCUGGACAGUGACGAAGCUCUCGGUGAAAGCGACGAGGAGAGAUUUGAAGCCUUUACAUUCCGAGGGUCGUCCUCGAACAAGUCCAAGCCUAAGAAGACGGCCGCUCCCAAGAAGCGAUCCGCAAUCAACCUGGAUGAGGACGACGAGGAGUCUGAGAAUGACGAAGACGAGGAAGAAGAUGAGGAUGACUUGGGAGAGGACGCCAUCGACCUGACCACAGCCUGGGAUAUGAAUACUGCGGCGGAAGAGGAAGAGGCUAAGCGAGCAGCGGCUAAAUCCAAGAAAGCGGCAGUAGGAGACGAUAGCGAAGAGGACUCUGGCUCGGAGGAGGACAGCGAGGAUCUCAGUGACGACGACACGGAGCUCUCUGUCUCCGACGACGCCGACGCCUCCAAGCAUGGACUGUCGAAGCUGCAGGAUUUCGUGAACUCAAUGGAGGCUCAAAGAGCUACAAAGCCUUCCCGGAAGACCAACGAACAGGCUAAUCCUACAGAAUAUGGUCUGACUUCUACACGCAAACUGACGAUCGCCGAUCUGUUGCCAUCCAUCACCGACUCCCGCCUCAAAAACUCCCUGAAGCAUGUCGAAUCUGCUCCCAAGCAAACUACAUCCUCCGGCAUUCCGGGUAAGCUAGAUGCUCCUCUCCCGAAACGACAUCAAGACCGGCUCGACCGCGCCGCCGCCUACGACAAGAGCAAAGAGACCCUGAACCGAUGGCUUGAAACCGUCAAGGCCAAUCGUGAGGCUGAGCACCUGAUGUUCCCGCUGCCCGACCCUGAGGCCGAACAGACUCAUCGGAUGGACGUCACCAAGCCGCAGACCGACUUGGAAAAUGCCAUCCAAAAUAUUUUGGUGGAAAGCGGGCUGGCGGAGGCCGAGGGGAAGUCUAUCGAGGAGCAAGUUCAGGACUUUGAGGAACUUCAAGCCCGCAAACUGCCCAUUGAGGAGAUCCAAGCUCGGAGAGCAGAGCUCAGGAAACGGCGUGACCUGCUUUUCCGGGAGGAAGUCCGCGCCAAGCGAAUCAAGAAGAUCAAGAGCAAGUCAUACCGCCGAGUUCAUCGAAAAGAGCGAGAAAGGAUGGAACAGCAAGAGCGUCAGGCUCUUCUGGAGGCCGGUGUGGAUAUGGACGAGGAAGAUCGAGACAAGAACGAGCGAAUGAGGGCUGAGGCUCGCAUGGGUUCUAAGCACCGUGAAAGCAAAUGGGCCAAGAGCCUGAAGGAGACCGGUCGCACUGCGUGGGAUGAGAAUGCUCGCAACAGUGCCGCAGACUUGGCGCAACGCGAGGAGGAGUUGCGAAAGAGAAUUGAAGGGAAGCGUGUGUCCAAUGGUGACGAGGACUACUUGGGCUCUUCCAGCUCGGAGUCCGAAGACGAGGAUCCCUGGCAAGAGGACGGAGGCUCCGAUGCCGAGAAUCGCAAGCUGCGCCAGAAGCUCAGCGCCCUCGAAGAAAACGAUCUUGAUGGUGAGGUUACGGGACCUCAUUCCAACCUCUUGUCUAUGAAGUUCAUGCGGAACGCCGAAGCAGCGCGCAAAGAGCAGAAUGAUGCAGAACUGCGCCGUCUCAACCGCGAGCUCCACGGCGAGGAGUCCCAAUCCGAGGCAGAGUCUGAGGUUGGUCGUCGCAAGUUCGGUCAGUCUGGGAAGGCCGACUCGAAGCCCAAAGCCAAGCCACUGCCCAAGAACGAGUUUGAAGAGGCUCCGGGCUCUGAUGACGAGAUAGACUUGGACCAGGAUGUCGAUAUCGUGGUUGAUCGUCCCGCCAAGCAGAAGUCUCAGGCCUCGGGGGCAAAGACUGCCGUGCGACCCUCGAGCAAGUCUUCCGGUGUCCAGAAACAGCAAGAAUCCGCUGAAGAAGAGGAGAACCCUUGGCUGGUCCAGACGGAGCGAAACAACCGUCGUCGAAAUCUCUCUGAUGGCCAAGAGACCGUCGAUAUCUCGCUCGACGACGACCAGAAACCCUCGAAUUCCGCGGUUAAUGCUCGCAGCAAGAAGGGCAAAGCAGCCAAGGCGGCCCCCGCCACACAGCUUGACGCAGACGACCACGACAGCGAUGACGACAAUGUUCCCGUGCUGCUCAAGAACCACGAUCUCGUGAAACGGGCCUUUGCAGGCGACGAAGUGGUGCAGGAUUUCGAUCAAGAAAAGCUAGACACCAUCGAAGACGAGGGUGACAAGGUGGUAGACAAUACGCUCCCCGGCUGGGGCAGUUGGGCCGGUGAAGGCAUCAGCAAGAGGCAGCAGAAGAGACAAAAGCGCAACCUGACCACGGUAGAGGGCGUGAAACCCGAGCAGCGCAAAGACGCCAAGCUCCAGCGCGUCAUCAUCAAUGAGAAGCGAGUCAAGAAGAACACUAAGUACAUGGCCAGCCAGUUGCCCCAUCCUUUCGAGACGAAGCAGCAGUACGAGCGCUCCCUGCGCCUCCCGCUGGGCCCGGAGUGGUCGACCAAGGAGACCUACCAGAGCGGCACCAAGCCCCGGGUCAUGAUCAAGCAGGGGAUUAUCAAGCCUAUGGAGAAGCCGAUGUAG